AUGUCUGUCUACACACCAUCCAGCCAGCCCUCACUGGCCAAGCACUCCAUCAAAGAGGAGUCUGGUGCUUCCCACGUUGAGGACAUCGCCAACAGCGAUACCUCCAGGUCGUCCUCUAUCAGCUUGGACGCCUUGACUAUGGUCGCAUCCAACGAAGCACACACGUCUUACAAGGUCGUGCGGGUCAUUGAAACAGCCAGGCGUAUCCAGAAGAAGCUUGUCCGCGAGGUCGAGGAAGUCUCCCAUCAACACUUCCAGAGCAUUGACCUCGAGGCCUACCUUGCCUACAUCGCCGAUGAGCGUCUUGUCCACAUGCCCCCCAAGGGAAGCCAGUGGGAUCGCGUGCUGAAAUCUGCCGAGUUCUUUGGCCUUCAGCUUGACGGAUACUCUCGUCAUAUCCAGUCUUUUAUUGAAGGUUGUACCCUUGUCCGCGACACGGCGUUGGCUACCUGCUACCUGUUGCUUGAACUUGGCCAUGACCAAGCUCAAGCAUUGGAGCCAACCUUCAAUGCCCUGUACGAGCUUGGCCUCUUGCUUGGCCAUGCAAUCAGACUCAACGGAAUGUUCACUGCGAGUGACGCCAUCCGUUAUGAGCUGAGCCGUAUUUUUGACAGCGUAAUCCGUCUCGUCGGAGACGUUGCUAUUUAUUACCGAACCCGUAUCAACAGCAUCUACAGCGGAUCUGUGACGAUUGACUUCGAUGCCGAGUUCGGAUCGCAGAUCACUAGGAUCUGGGCCCAGAGGGAGCACCUCUUCAACCAUAUGUGGCAACACAAACUUGGCAGCAAAAGCCGUCGUAUGGACAUUACCACCCUCCGUCGACACCUGCUUCCCACCAGGGAGUCGGCAAAGUCGUUUGUCUAUGGCCGUGUCGCGGAUCGCAAGUUGCGGGUCGAUGGCACAUGCGAAUGGCUCUCCCAUGACCUACACGACUUCCUGAGCAGUGACAACGAUAUAUUCACUGUCACCGGAAGCGAGGGUUGUGCAACCGAUGUACCUUCGGAGUCUACGCCAAUUACUUUUCUCAAGAGUCUUCUGUCUCAACUUCUUGAGAUAAACGUCGGAGAUAUCGCUCUAUUUGAGAAACUCGAAUUCAUCUUUGAGCACGUUUCUCCGCAUCAUAACAGCGCAAAGCUGGAGUCAGAGCUCUGGGAGGCUCUUGAUUCGAGCUUAACCUCCAUCAGCAACAAGAACGUCCACAUGGCUCUUGUCAUUGACGGCCUAGAUGAGGUCAUGGGCGGUGCAUCCAAGGCAGAAGAGCUCCACAAGCGCCUCCACACCAGCAUCGGCAAGCUCCCAAGAAUCCAGGCCGUUACUCUCUCGCGCCCAAUUUCCCACCUGGGUGGCAGCCGCUGCAAGCACUUGGUCAUCACGCCCGAACACGUCCGUAAUGACAUUGAGCUAUACCUCGCCAACAAGCUCAGCCAGAAUUGCUGCUUCAAGGCACAAAAUGCGGAUGCCCAACGAGCUCUGGUGAACCAGAUCGCUGACCAAGCCAAGGGCUCGUUUCUGUUCGCCUACCUUUCUAGACGGCUUUUCGUAUCAGUCUCAGACUUUGGUGCUUUCAGGAGCAUAAUCUCAAACUGCAAAUCCGACAUCAAGGCCGUCAUCGGGGAGCUCAUGAAAAAGGUCAACCUCAAGGAGGAGUACGGGGAAAGCAAGACCUAUAACCUCCUCACCUUCAUGGUCACUGCCGAACGCCCACUCACAAUUGGUGAGAUGACUGAUCUCCUCGGUGUAUCCUUAUCGACUCGCACCGUCUCCUCUGGCGCUGAUGUGAUGGGCCCUGUUCGCAACACCCAGGGCCUUGUUGUCGUCCGCCGUGGAACGCUCCGCUUCAAGCACUCUGCCAUCAGGAAGUACAUUCAGAAUCUCUGUGGCUCAACACUUAUGUCUAUCCACGACUCCCACCGCCACCUUACCAUGGCCCUCCUCCUCUUUGCCAAGAAAAGGUUCACUUACACUUGUGAACCAUCGCUGGAACUGAUCGCCGAUGAUGUCUUCCAAGAAUGCUUCCAGGCCAACCACAUCGUCAGCUACAUGAUGCUCCACUGGAUUUCCCACUUCCGCUCAUCAUCUCUGUGCGGUCAAAGCGGCACGAUUACCCUGACCUCCGAAUUCAAGGAGGUUUUCCCUGACUCAACCUUUUUCGCCAUGCUGGAGUGGCACUACUGGCAAACUCAGUAUGACAUCAAGGAGACUAUCGAGAUGCACAAUCUGAGUCUCCGCAUUCGGUGCACAACCUUUGGCGAGAAGAAUCGGUCUUACCUCCAGAGCCUUAUCACUUUGGGAAGCCUCCACCGACGUGAAUCUGAGUUGUCGAUCGCUUCCGAGUUUUUCUACAAGGCCUCACACCUCGGUCAGACUAUCCUUUACAAGUUUAGCCCGCUCGUGGUUUCUUGUACCAAAUUGUUCCUUACGUGCACUGAGACUCUUACAUUCACCAAGCGGACAACGACGGUCACCCAUCGCGAAGAGAUGAUCAGGUUUAUGAUUGAUAUCUCCAAGAAUAAGCAGGGUGGUAGCAGCGAUGCUGUUAUCAAAUGGUACGAGGCUCUCGCCAAACUCUACGUCGAGAUCAAGGAAGAAGAAACUGCGAUGACCAUCUACAAGGAACUUCACAUUAUUGUCACUGGUCGAUUCGGUAAGGGUUCCAAGAAUGAGGGCAGAAUUGCCGAAGCACUCUCAGGCAUGACGGUUGUCCUGAAGGCGGGCGACAAGAAGGGCGCUGAGAUCGAUCAUUGGCGAUACCUUCUUUUUGAGACUGCUGAGGAGCUGUCGUUCACCGACACCCGUCGCAUCAAGAUCAUAAUCAGCCUUGCCCGUGACUACGAGGCCAAGGGGCAUUUUAUCCAGGCCGAGCGACUUUACGUCAGUCUCUGGCGGGGCGUCCUCGAGGCUUGCCGUACAAAGGCUACGACUGAGCUUCACAUUGAGAAGAUCAACAUCGCCAUUGAGUACAUCCAUUUCCUCAAGCGCAUCAAGCGCAAUGAAGAGGCGUGUAACAUCAUGAUCUGUGUUUGGGCCGAGUACGAGAACCAGAGUUUCGAGUCCGAAACGAUCAUGAUCCGUCUCAAGGAGCUCGGUGUUCUCGCCAAGUCCUUCGGAAUCCUCAGCGUGUCCAUGAACAUCCUCAAGAAGGUUUGGGGCUGGUUCAAGGAGAGAAAGACGACUGAGAGCGAGGAGGCCAUAUCUACCACUACCAUCAUUACAGAGGUCGUCGAAGAAAUAACCGAGACCGUGAUCGAGACCAAAACAUCCGUCACUAUGGUCGAGACUGUCACCCGCGAGAUUUGGGAGACCAACUACCAGCGCUGUCGCAAGGGCAAGGCUGACAGGCAGUUCUUCAAGUCCUGCUUGAACAUGGUCAAUCUCUACCUCAAAAUCGAGAACUGGGCCGAGGCUGAGGUUGUGAUCCGCAAAACCCUCGAGAUAACCUGGAAGAAUGUAUUGUCAGUCGACUCCAAGCUGACACUUGAGGGCGAAUUCAUCUCUGAGCGCAUCUUGGUCGCGCAGCGACUUGCCUUGUGCUACCACCGCCAGAGGCAGUUUGAAAGGGCAGACGAGAUGUAUAUCCGCAUCUACAACGCCUGCUUCUCAACCUUCAAAGCCGAGAAUGUCUUAGUUCUCGAGUCUGCCGAGGCUCUCGUUCAGUUUUACGAGGACUUUCAUCGCCACGAGAAGGUCAUAGACAUCUACACGAAGCUUCUGCAGCACUACCGUAAGCACCUAAGCGCCGGUCACAGCAUGACCGUCCAGGUCCUAUAUAAGCUUGCCGCUGUCUACCAUAAGCUCGGCCGCAAGGAGGCUUACGACUACUACGCGGAGAUUGUCACCAUCUUCUCAAAAGACGGCUGCUGCCACGGCAGUGCGCUCGAUGCGGCCAUUAUUAUUCUCAACCAUUACCAUUCUGAGAAGCGCUGGGCUGAGCUGCAGAAGAUCUGCGUGACUCUGUGGACGACCUUCGUCCAUCACAACCACGAGAUCAAGUUCACUCAAGAGAUUGUGGAGCUCAUCUACGAGAGAUACCGCUACGUCCUGGAAAUCCACGCCAAGGCCGAGUUUUCCGUCCGCUACAAGCUCACGAUUGAGUAUCGCGAGACCGCGACCAAGAUCUUUGGUGCCUCUGCUGCCAUUGUGAUCAAGGCUCUGAUCGCCCAGGCUGAACUGUGCGAAGCCUCCACUGAGCACUACCAUGAGUCCAUCACCAUUUACGAGGAGAUCAUCAAGAAAUCGACGACUGCAAACAUAGUGACAGAAACCACUGUCAAAUCGAUUAAGAAGCGCUUGUCCAAGCUGUACGUGACAGUCAUCACCAACAAUAAGUCAACAACCACCACCACCAUCGAGCGCGCAAUUGGCGUCAGUCUGGAGAUCUACGGGCAGCUCAAGAUCGAGUUUGGCUGGUGGCACGAGAAGACACUUUCCAAGCUGAAGGAAGUCGUCUUGAUGUAUAAGAAGAUUGGCAGCAAAGAGGCACACUCUUCCAUUACCCAGCUACUCCAAGUCUCCAUCAUUGAGAUCAUCACCACCGUCAAGAUCUCUGUGAACCUACACUCUGCCGCCAAGACUUUGGCCUCCAUCUACAUCUCUGCUGGCAUGGUGCACCAUGGUCAAGAUCUCCUCCGUCAGCUUCGAUACUUGCUUCUCUUCCCUGGCUUCGAAGGUGGAGAGAAAGACAUCAACAUCAAGAUCUCUGGCCAGUCCAGCAAGAUUUACCUGGUGUUCCUGAUUUCCUUCGAGCAGGCUUUGAACGGCGAAUCGAAGACAACGUACAGCUUUUCCGAGCUCAUGGCGGAUGUGCUCCUAGAGACGGUCCUCUACGAGCAGUACAUGUCUGUCAUGUCCAAAUUCACGGACUCUACCAGUAUCGAGACCGUCAUCGAGCCUGCUGCCCGCCUUCGCUUCGUCUGGGAGUCGCGUAGCCGUAAGGGUUUCGUGUCUGUGCUAGACAAGAAGCUGUUCUCCCUGUUUACCUCGCGGUAUGGCAAGUUCCUGGGUAGCCAGGACACCAAUGUCACCUUCAGCUUCUAUGAAGCGUUGCUUACCGAGAUUGGCGGCGGGAUCGCGGCCGACAGAGGUACCAUCGACCUUGGUCUCAUGUCUUGCAAGGCUGCCUACACGUCCGUCAGAACCCUUAUGGUCAAGGAGAAUAACUUUCCGAAGGCCAACAACGUAGCGAGGUGCGCAUUCGACUUUGCGAACUCCCAACGAUUUUACCAUCAGCGCAACUGCCACGCUUGGGGUUUCCGCUUGGCGGAAGCUCUGGCAGGCAUCAACGUGGACAACUGGAGAACUGCCGACGUGAAACAAAAGGAAUCUUUGCUCGCAACCAGCCGGCAUGUCAUGCAACACGUGUUGGCUUGCCUCAAGGAAGAUAAGAUUGAGUUAACAAGUCUUCGGUUCGAGGAUAUUUCUAGCUUGGUGCACCUUCUUGGCGAGCAAAAGAACUGGAACGACCUCGAGACUGUUCUCACCUCUUUAUGGCGAUCCAGAGAAGUCCAGCGCAACUGUGGCGUCUGGACACCCGACGUCGUUCUUACGAUCGGUUCCCUCUUGGUCAACGCCCAUGAGCAUGCCGAUCACCUGGACCAAGCCAUCAAUCUGUGCGAGACUAUUUACUAUAACGUUCGACAAUCCCGCGGUGGUCUGGACCACUCUGCCCUCUACUUCUCCAACCGCCUUACUUACCUUCUUCGCCACGCCAACCGCCUCCGAGACGCGGGACGUGUCCACCUAGAUGUUGCGUGCGACCUCGACGAGCAUCUCACAGCUACACGCGGUGCAGACAAGGAUGAUCGUCUCCGUGCAGCGGCUGAUAUCCACCUUGACGGCAUGCGACGGUGUGGCUGGGCCACUCGUGGUGAUGGCAUGAAGAACACAAGGGAGAUCCUUGACCGACUAAGAGGGUACGGCAAGCUGAAUGUGCCCCCUGUCGAGGAGUGGUCCGCAGCGGAUGAGAAGAAGGAGAUCAGCCGUGUGUGGCCGGAAGAGAUCAAAUGGGAUCUUGGAAAGCCAGAGGUGCAGGUGGCGGCGCCGAAGAAGAGGGACUUGCUCUCUCCUGCCAAGGAGAGAUGGAGUCGCUUGGGCUUCAAGCAGCUCGGGUUUGAAGCCGUCUACUAA